UACUCUUUAGUUUCUUCAACCCACCUUUAAUUGUGAUUUGUGUCUCUAUAUAAUUAUAAAACUGCUCUGAUCGUUUUAGCACCGAGAAAUAUAAGCAGAUUUCUGAAACUUGGUGGUGAAUUGGAGUUCUUACUAGGGUCCGUGUGGUGUUUGAUUAAUUGUCGCAGUUAGAAAUUCAAUUUUGAUUUGUUUGUUUUUGGCGUGAAGUUGGGUGAGUUUUGGAUUACGAUUUCAGUGGAUUGCAGAGAUCAUGGGUGGUAAAAGUUCGAAAGGUACAAGUCGGAGGCAAUUUUCAUCAUCCAGUUCAUAUUCGUUUAAUAACCAUGGCUACCCACAAUCGCCAUACCCUGAACAGAAUCCAGUAUACACUCCUCGGCAUCACCAUGCACCUUCACCUUACCAUUAUGGGUCUCAAACCCCUCAGCCACAACGGAGAUUGGAUCGGAGAUAUUCGAGGAUAGCUGACAAUUACCGCACUCUGGAAGAGGUUACUGCUGCCCUUGCAGAGGCUGGACUAGAGUCUUCUAAUCUCAUUGUUGGCAUUGAUUUCACCAAGAGCAACGAGUGGACAGGUGCAAGAUCAUUCAGAAGGCGAAGCUUACAUCACCUUGGAAAUGAUCAAAAUCCAUAUGAACAAGCAAUAUCCAUCAUUGGGAAAACAUUAUCUGCUUUUGAUGAGGAUAACUUGAUUCCCUGUUUUGGAUUUGGAGAUGCCUCAACACAUGACCAAGAUGUCUUCAGUUUCUAUCCAGAUGCAAGGUUUUGUGAGGGGUUUGAGGACGUAUUGGGACGGUACAGAGAAAUAGUUCCCCAACUUCGACUUGCAGGACCCACAUCGUUUGCCCCAAUUAUUGAAAUGGCAAUGACUAUUGUUGAGGAAAGUGGUGGCCAGUAUCAUGUUUUGUUGAUAAUUGCUGAUGGUCAGGUGACGAGAAGUGUUGACAUGAAGCAUGGUCAGCUCAGUCCACAAGAGCAAAAGACUAUUGAUGCUAUUGUGAAAGCAAGUGAGCUCCCCUUGUCCAUUAUUUUGGUUGGGGUUGGAGAUGGUCCUUGGGACAUGAUGAGGGAGUUUGAUGAUAACAUCCCUGCUCGAGCCUUUGAUAACUUUCAAUUUGUGAAUUUUACUGAAAUUAUGUCGAGGAAUGCGGAUCCAUUGAGAAAACAGACAGAAUUUGCUCUUGCUUCCUUGAUGGAAAUACCAUCUCAAUAUAAAGCGACUAUUGAGCUCAAUUUACUGGGUCGUCGGAUGGGUAAUGCUCCAGACAUGGUCCCUCUUCCACCGCCUAUGUACGGCACAAAUUCUUCCAAUGGUAGCUCAAAACCUUAUCGUACAGGCAGUUUCCACCAGAGUACAUCUCCUUAUACUGGUUAUGACACUGCAGUCCGAACUGCUCCAUCUUCAAGUUCUCUUUAUGAUAACAAGGUUUGCCCCGUUUGUCUUGGUAAUCCAAAGGACAUGGCUUUCGGCUGUGGCCAUCAGACUUGUUGUGACUGCGGAGUAGACCUUGAUUCAUGUCCAAUUUGCCGGAGUGCAAUCAAAACCAGAAUUAAACUCUAUUCAUAGGCUUCUCUACAUGCAUCUCAGCAAUUUCUUGCUUCUCUCGAUUUUAGCUGUCUUCUUGCCCCUGUGCUGUACCAGAUGCCAUGAUGUAGAGGGAAGACAAGGGUUAAAAUAGUGCCUUGAUUGAUGUGCCUUUCAGCCGCGGAAAUCACAAAAUCAUCACAAUCACCCAUUCCCUGGAAAUCGUUAAUCUUAGGCUGGUUUGAUUCUGGUGGAGUUCCUGCUUCAACAGGCAUUAACGUACGUGACAUCUAUGGACCACAGAUCUGGAGGAGUGCUGCCAUGUCUGAAUCCGAUGCUUUUAUGCUUUUAUAAAAGCUGCUUGUUUAAGGAUUAAUUUUUUUUGAAGAUUGUAAAUAUUCAUCUUGUAAAUCAGAGUGCACAAUUUUUUCAGGAGUGACAAAUUGUCGGAGAUAUGUUCUUUUCACUCAGUGUUUUAUGUUGGGGAUUUUAAUAAGGAUGCUGUAUUUUAUUCCUGCUUCCCGACGAAUUGUGUGUUUGUAGAUUGUUUCUUUUAGGCUGAAAAUUUCAUUUAUUU